AUGGCAACAACAACAUCAGCGGCAUCCUUGCAACGUGUCGCCUCCCAGGCGAGUCUUGUCCAGGCGGCACCAACUCAUCAUUAUCAUUAUAUACAAUAUCCGGCACAUUAUAUGCAGCAACAGCAGCAACAACAACAGCAGCAGCAGCAGCAACAAUCUGUUGCUGUUGCACCACAGCAAUGUCAGUGUCCCUGCUCCUGUGGACGUGCCACAGCAACACAGCAACAACAACAACAGCUGCAACCACAGCAGCAACAACAAAAUGCAUCCAUGGCUGUUGCCGUGCUCGUACAUCAACAGACAUCGACACCAGUGUCACAAUCCACACUCAAGACACAAUCCGCGCAGUCGCUGCUCAAUCAUUCCUAUCAAGCGUUGCACGAUGAGGAGCAACAACAACAGCAGCGGGAACGUCUCAACCUGCCACUGGACACAUCUGUUGGCUCCGCCAGCUGUGACUGUGAUCUCGAAUGCACUUGCCCCGCCAAUGUUGCCUCCUCCCUGGCCCAGCAGCACAAGCGUUCCCUGCUAGCGGAUGCCAUGCUCGGUGCGGAUGAAAUAACGGUCAGUGAGUCCGACAACAACAGCACCAUGAUCAAGAAGAAGAAACAACGCUCCAAUGUGGGUCCACUUCCAUCAAAAUCACAACCCACGGAUAGCUGUAAUGACAUCUACCAUGACACGGAACUGGAGGUGGUUGCCGCUGUCGCAGCUGCUGCUGCUGUUGGUCUCGGUGGCUCCAAGUCACAGGGACUGGACGAUAAUCGUCCGCCAUUGCCGCCACGCCCACCGCCCAGGCCACGUAGUGCCGUCAAUGGUUCCGCAGCUCAUCGUCAUGGCGCUGGCAUCAAGAAGUAUGUGGUUUGGUGUCUCAUCUGCGGUGGCUUUAGCUGCCUACUUGGUGUGCUCUUCCUGGGCGUCUACUUUCUGUUGCAUUCCUAUACCAUCACGGUGGGCAACUUUGAGACAGUGCCCACUUUUGUGCCUGCCACACUGCUAAUCCUCACGGGCGUUUGCAUCAUGAGUCUGGCACGUCGUCGCAAUCGUUAUAGUUAUCUGAUCAAGUUAUCUGGCGCCUGUGGCCUUGUCUCUGCCCUAACCUGCGCCUUGGUCACCGUGACCACCACCGUGCUGCACAUGAGUCGCCUCCAGGCGCUGCGGGAGUGUGAAUACGCACAGAAGACGCGCACCUGCACCUGCUACUCGGAUCUCAUAGAAUCCCAGGUGGAUCGCGUGGACAAGGAAGGAGUGCGUCUGGUGUUUGAUUCCCUCUCCGAUUGCGGUGUUGUUCAUGGUUCGCUCUACUCCUGUCUGCGUGCGAUCUUUGGUCUCUCCGUUGCCGGAGUUCUCAUUGCCGUGUUCAGUUGCAUGUUGGUCUAUCAGCUGCUCAGCCAUGAGCGCAAGAAGAUGUACUGGGAGCAGCUGGAGUUGCGUUGUCGUUCGCUCUACGCCAGCCAGGCGCCGCCUCCUUUAAGUGCUCCUGGUCGCAUGCUAAAUUGCCGCUGCUGUGAACAGUGCCACGCCCAUCGGCAGCUGACAUUGCCGCUGCAGGCAACCGCCUAUCCCUGGGAUGAGGCAACUGCAGCAGCGGCAGCAGCUGUUGCCGCCGGCGGAGCUGGAGCGGAGCAACGUUUCUGGGCAACACAACCGCCGGGUAACUUUUAUUCCCCCAAUCCCGGAGGGGAGGAGAUGCUCAACGGCUGUCGUGCCGGCAAUGAACGUGCCACACGCUCCAGCAGCAGCGGCUGGAGCUGGCCGAGAAUGCCCUGGCAACGCACUACGCCGGAUGCAACGCGUCGAUUUCGCCAGGCAGCUGCCAGUCCGGAUUCCCAGUAUGGAUUCAGCUCGACAACGGCUGUGGCCAACGCCGAUGGCAACCAGAUGCUGAUCGAGGAGCCGGCGGUGAAUGGAGGCGCCUACAAUGCCCUGCCCCCACCCAAUGCCUUGCCCUAUGGCGUCUGGGGUCCUCCGCCUCCCUACAGCGAUCCCAAUAGUCCAGCCCGACGUGGUUACUAUCAGUAUCUGCAGGCGGGUGCCUGUCUGGCGGGGAAUCCCGCGGCCACAGCAUUGAUGCCACAGCAGCAACAGGAGCAGCUGCAGCUGCAGCAGCAACUGCAACAGCAAUUGCCACAACAGCAAUCCCGUCUGUGUGGACAACAUCAGGGACAAUCGGCGACGCUGGAGCGCAUGGAUGGAGGCACUGCAUCCACAAUGAGCACACGCAGUGCCGUCUACAAGGCGAAGGCGGUGAGCAAUGGCGAAUACGAGAAUACGCAUUCCGACAGCGAUGGUUGCCACGAUGGCUGGGAACGAGAUCGCUGCUCCAACACAUUGCCCACCAGGAAGCUAAAGAAGCGCAUUGAGGCGGGUGCCAAGAGCAUUGGACCACAGAACAAUGCCAACCAGCAGCGUCCAAAUGUGCAGCAAUUGUUUGCCUGCGAAAUGGCAACCAAGCAACAGCAGCAACAGACGGAGCAACAGCAGCAACAGUUGCUGCAGGCACAGCCUGUGAAUGGUGUGGAAAACAAUGGCUAUCAGGAUUCCAAUGGUGCCAUUGCCAAGGGACAAGCGACAACAGCAACAGCAGCUGAAUCCGAGGUAUACUUUGCGGAUGUGAGCAGCUGUUGCAACAUGUCCGUAAAGAACGACAGCUACUACGAUAAUGCGCAACGUCAUCAGUUGCAUCAUCAGCAUCAGCACCAACACAGCAAUUGCAGUCACAGCAGCAGCAGCAAUCAAAGCAACAGCAACAACACCAGCAGCAACAACAACAACCCCAACAGCAACAACAACAAUGAGGAUUAUUUGGCACAACGCUUUGGACGUCGUGAACAUUCCAUACGCAGUCGUUUGCCCAUUCCACAGACACGUCUCGAAGAUGACUACGAGAGCUCCAAUCUGAAUAUGCCCACGCUGAAGGAGCAGCAACAACAGCAGCUGCAAAAGGACAUCUCCAGGCAGAGCAUGUGCUCCGUGGAGUCCGAGGCAAAAACUGAGUUCACCGAUCUAUCGCCAUCGACGCCAUGUGGCGGAGUAUUGCCAUUGCCUCCUCCACCAGCCAACUUUGCCAGUGAUCCGCCAGCAACGCAGAGCAAUUUUGUGGCCUCAUUUCCCUACUCCUCGGAGUCACAAUGCCUGGAGGCACAUCGACGCUCCACCAAAAACAUACACGAGCUGUUGUUAGCUGGCGGAGGCGGAGCUGGAGGCGACUCCUCGCCAUCCCAAUCCCAAUCCCAUUAUGAGAUCAUCAAUGAUCGUGAUCGUUAUCAAUUGCAACGUGCUGUUGCCGGUGGCAGCAGUAAACACAAGUCCAAGUCCAAGACACGUUCCAGGGAGCAACUGGACAUUUAUGGAGCAGGCGGAGCGGGAGCGGCAACGGAACGCUCCGAUUGGUCAGAUGGCAGCGGUUGUGGCGCCUUAAGAGGCAGCAGCAAACGCUUGUGAGACGAAAUCGAAGUCGAAUUCGAAGUCGAACUCUUCGUCUAGGUUUCACACACACACACUCACACACACUCCUAAGCACACACACACACCUACACACAUACUUUGUGUACUGUCUUCCUUAUGAUUUAUGAAAAAAGAUCGUCGCAUUUGCAAUGUUUGCCAUCCAAAAUGAUAACUAGUUAGUUGCUCUCUCUUCUCUUUUAAACUCUCUUAUAUAUAAAUUAAAUUAAUCUCCCGAUUUGCUUUAACUAUUUUAUGCCAUUAUACAAGUACGCAUAUAGGUACAUAAAACAUAUUGUAGCAUUGAAUUGAAUGUUGAAAUUGUAGCAACGAGAUAAUAUAUAUAAAUAUUGAAUAUUAUUAUUAUAUAUACAAAUUAUGUUACACUUACCUGCUGUAUUUACAUAGUUGCAUACAUUUAUAUAAGCACACAUUAACAUACAUAUAA